GCAAACUCACACGAGCUCACACAAGCUAGUAAGCCAGCCCACACGAGCUCCAUCGACCAUCGGAUGGGGUCCUUCGCCAGAGCUGCCCGUUUCCUGGUGCUCCUCCAGAUCGUCCUGUUCGUCAUCUCCGCCGUGCUCAUGAGCGGCCCCGUCUGCCAUGGAGCCCGCCCAGGGAUCAGUGGUGGAGCUCUCGACCCUAACCGGCCAACAGUUACAGUUCCGCCUGGUGACCCCUACACCGGUCGUCGGUGCGGCAGCUUGUACAGGUGCCCACCAGGUGUUCAGCCCUGAUACCCGCACAAACACCUGUCCCGAACAAUGGACGGAUUGCACCGCCUGGAUGCAUGCCUUCAUCUAGUUAUAGCAGUACAAGUUGUUGGAAUAUUAGGCAAGUUCAUGAUUAAUUCCAGUAAAUAAUUCAUGACUAGAAGAGAUACUAGCAUGCAAUAAUCUAGCAAACUAGAAGAACAGCAAGACAUGCAUAACAGCAGCAAACACAU